ACCCAAAAAAAUCCUACGUGACGGAAUGGCAACUUCAGCGGCGGCGAAUUUAGAGGAUGUUGCGUCGGUAGAUCUAAUGACGGAGCUUCUUCGUCGCAUGAAAUGCUCAACCAAACCUGACAAACGCCUCAUUCUCGUCGAAACGGAGAGAAUAAACAGACACAGAAACAUAAUCUUCAUCACAAUUACACAGCCAUUAGAGCAGAAUGGAAUCUAAGAUAAGUCAGAAAGGGAUGGGCAUGAUUUUAUUACUGCAUGUCACUGAUAAAAUCAACCGUGAUCAUGUCAUUGAAGGGCCCACCUGGAUCAGGAAAAGGUACUCAAUCACCAAUUAUCAAGGACGAGUACUGUUUAUGCCACCUGGCUACUGGUGAUAUGCUAAGAGCUGCUGUUGCUGCAAAAAGCCCUCUUGGUGUUAAAGCCAAGGAAGCCAUGGAGAAGGGACAACUUGUUUCUGAUGACUUAGUUGUUGGGAUUAUCAACGAAGCCUUAGAGAAGCCUUCAUGUCAAAAAGGCUUCAUUCUUGAUGGAUUCCCAAGAACCGUGGUCCAAGCAGAAAAGCUUGAUGAAAUGCUGAAAAGAAGAGGGGUGAAAGUUGACAAAGUGCUAAACUUUGCAAUAGAUGAUGCGAUCUUGGAGGAGAGGAUUACUGGCCGUUGGAUUCAUCCUGCUAGUGGUCGGAGUUACCACACAAAAUUCGCACCUCCUAAAGUUCCUGGGAUAGAUGAUGUGACUGGAGAAGCUUUGGUUCAACGUAAAGAUGACACAGCAGCUGUUUUGAAGUCAAGGCUGGAGGCAUUUCACAAACAGACUGAGCCAGUUAUUGAUUACUAUAGCAAGAAGCGUAUUGUAGCAAAUCUGCAUGCAGAAAAACCACCAAAGGAGGUAACUGCUGAGGUCCAGAAGGUGCUCUCAUGAUUAUCUUAUUAGCUUGGUAUUUACUUUGAACAUUGUUUCUCUUUAUUUUAUUUUUGUUUUUUGGUUUUGAUAAAUUUAUGGGAACUUGUAUCUUGAUAUAAGCUAAGUUUUGAGUUGAGCUAAAGAACAAUAAAAUAGUUCGUCUACAAUUUUUUCGGCUAAA